AUGCGAAGUUCGAAUCAGCCGAGCGAAUUUGCCGCUGGCCUGGACAAACUCGUCUGGUUCUACAGUUGGCUCGAGGAAAAAAUUUAUGAGUCGAUGUCUGCCGAAUUUGAAAAUGGACUGUGCACCCUCGAUCGGACAUCGUCGGAGGAGGAGGAGAACUGCAGUCCGGAGGCAGAAACGUGGUCCCAACUAAGACGGUUGAGCCGUUAUCUGAACCAUUCAGGUGUUGGUUUUCGGACGUCAUUUUACACCCGCUCGCAACCAGAUUGCUGUUAUCUGCCAGCAAACAAAGGCAUCUCCACUCAUUGCUCCUGCACACCAAGUUCUGUCCAAGGCCUUCUCUAUGCACUACGUCCCACCCUGAUGAGUGCGAAUACAGACCGAAGGGGCCCGUUAAAAUCUGAUCUCUUUCUUGCUCGCUUCCUCAUUCGUGUAGCUCUUUCUCUCCUUUCACGCAUAGCCUAUUGUAUACGAUACAUUGACCUCUGGUAUUCUUCAGCCAUCAGGGAUCUGCUAAUACUCCAUAGCCCGCUGAAAUAA